GCCAGCUCCGCGCUCCGCCAGUGCCGCUCCAAACGGACCGAAGCCUCGACGCGACGCGGAUCCACAUCCUCUUAGACGACGCGGAGUGCGAGAAGCAAGACCCCCGCCCCGCCCCGACGCCCAGCUGCACCGCCACUGUCCGUCCAGUCCAGCUGAUACCGUCUCGAAGAUGUUGGCGUCGUGUGCUCGCCUCCGCGGUGGCGCCGUGCUCGGCCCGCUCCCGGCGCUCCCCGCGGUCCUGGCCCCCGCCGCCCCCGCCCUCGCGGCCCCCGCGGCCCCCGCCGCCCCCCGCCAGCCGCGGCGCGGCCUGCACGCCAUCUACGCCGUCAAGAGCAAGCGGCACGCGUCGUCGGUCUUGCCGCCGCCGACGCAGCCCGGGCGCACGGCCCUCUACGACUUCCACGUGGAGCACAACGGCAAGAUGGUGCCCUUCGCCGGCUUCGUGCUGCCCGUGCAGUACGGCGCCGUCAGCAUCGGCGACUCGCACCUCCACACCCGCGCCGCGGGCAGCGCCUCGCUGUUCGACGUGUCGCACAUGCUGCAGACCGAGGUGCACGGCAAGGACCGCGCCGCCUUCAUGGAGUCCCUCACCACGGCCGACGUGCAGGGCCUGGCGCCGGACUCGGGCACGCUCACCGUGUUCACGGACCCCACGACGGGCGGCAUCCUGGACGACCUGAUCGUGUGCAGCACGUCGGAGGGCAAGCUGUUCGUGGUGUCCAACGCGGGCCGGCGGCAGCACGACCAGAAGCUCAUGCUGCAGGCCGAGGAGAGGCUGCGCGCCGCCGGCAAGGACGUCACCCUCCGGUUCAUGGAGCCCGAGGAGCAGUCCCUGCUCGCGCUGCAGGGCCCGGGCGCCGCCAAGGCCCUGGCCCCGCUGCUGGAGGGCGCCGACCUGGACAAGCUCUACUUCAUGCGCACCGUGUCCGCCAAGGUGGCCGGCGUGCCGUGCCGCGUCACGCGCUGCGGCUACACCGGCGAGGACGGCGUCGAGAUCUCCAUGGCCUCGGAGCACGCGCUGAAGGUGGCGCAGGCCCUGCUGGACGCCAAGACGGCCGCGGUGCAGCUGGCCGGCCUCGGCGCGCGCGACUCCCUGCGCCUGGAGGCGGGCCUCUGUCUGUACGGCAGCGACAUCGACGCCACCACCACGCCCGUGGAGGCCGGCCUGGCCUGGCUCGUGGCCAAGCGACGCCGCGAGGCCGCCGACUUCCCCGGCGCGUCCGUCAUCCUGAAGCAGCUCAAGGAGGGCACGCUGCGGCGCCGCGUCGGCCUGGUGCCCGUGGAGCGCGGCCCGCCGGCGCGCGGCCACACCGCCAUCUACGCCAAAGGCAAGGAGGCUGAGGACGCCAUCGGCGAGGUGACGUCGGGCUGCCCGUCCCCGUCGCUGGGCCACUCCAUCGCCAUGGGCUACGUGCAGACGCCGCACAACAAGGUGGGCACCGAGGUGCACCUCCUGGUCCGCAACAAGUACGUCCGCGCCAAGGUCACCAAGAUGCCCUUCGUGCAGGCGCACUACUACAUGCCGCCCAAGUGAGGCCGCCCCGCCCGGCCCCGCCCGGCCACGCCAACAAGUGCCUGCUCCUCAAGCCUAACAGUGCGGGAGCGACUGAAUCGUCUGUGAUCUAGUAGCGAAUGGUGGACCGUAGUGCACCAUUUCGCUCUCUUCCUUCUGAUUGACUUUGCGUUCGCGCCGCCAGCGCCACACCGGACUGCUACCCCCGCCACCUGUUUUUGUAUUCUAAGUCAACAAACGCGUAGAAUAAGUCCUUGUACAUAGUCGAUUAUUUCUAAGUUUCUAAGCUAAACCGAAUCGGAAAAAAUAAGAGGAUUGUCUCAUGCGAGUGAUGUUUGAUGUUCGCGUAAAACCGUUUUGCAUUAUAUGUUUUUCUAAAAAAAGAGAAGAAAA